GACAAUUAAUUAUAACCUUAAAGUUAAAGCUCUAAAAACAGUUCAGAAUUAAUUUUCCUUAUAUUGCUAAUACUAUACUACUUUAGUAUAAAUAUAAACAGUGAUGUUGCUUCCCAAAAUGACAAUAAUAAGAUCAUUGUUUAAAAUAGGCCGACCUUCUCUUUUACUCCGACAAUGUUAUUCUUCGGAAAAUUCAUUGAAGUUAUCUGAACCAGCCGUCCAAAAGUAUCUUAGACAUUUAUUGUUAGAACACGAAGAAAUUUUAAUUAAAUCACGUCGUAACGAUGCAGAAGUUAAACGACUGCGUGAAAUAAAGCCUGUCGUUCAAGUGCUUGAAGAAAGGAUAGCUUUGUUUGACAGUAUCGAAAACCUCAAAGAACUCAAUAAAAAAGAGAAUCAAGAUGAUGAAAUGAAGAAAAUGGUUAAGGAGGAGGCUCAGAUUUAUCUCGCACGCCUCAAAGAAGUAGACAACGACCUCCAGUCAGUUUUGUUCCAACCAUAUUUAACAGAAGGUGGCAUUCUGCUAGAAGUCACAGCGGGCGCAGGCGGUCAAGAGGCAAUGUUGUUCGCGCGAGAGCUAUUCGAAUUAUAUGAAGCUUAUGCGAAUUUUAAGGAAUGGGAAGUAAAUAUAGCUUCUAUUGAAAAGUCCGACAUUGGUGGUAUAAGGAAAGGAUCCAUGCUGAUAAAAGGGAUUGGUGUGCCAGAGCUUAUGAUACUUGAAGCUGGAGUGCACAGGGUGCAAAGAAUACCCGCUACAGAAAAAGGAGGCCGGAUACACACUAGCACAGUGUCGGUAGCAGUUUUGCCGCAACCUAGUGAGAUUGAACUAGAUAUACCAGAUAGAGACAUUUCAAUUGAAACUAAGCGAGCAAGUGGUGCUGGUGGACAGCAUGUGAAUACUACAGACAGCGCUGUUCGCAUCACACAUCUGCCAACAGGCACUGUCGUGGACUGCCAGGAGGGACGGUCACAGAUAAAAAAUAGAGAAAUUGCCAUGCAAAAACUGAGGACACUCUUGCUGCAGAAGCAGGAGGAAGAACAAACAUCCAAAAUCAAUGCAGAGAGGAAAUCCCAGGUUGGUAGCAGCAAUAGAAAUGAAAAAAUCAGAACCUACAACUAUCCCCAAGACAGAGUAACUGAGCACCGGCCAGGUGGUGGUACAGUGCACAACCUCAAAGCUUUCAUGGAGGGAGGUGACCUUCUGGAAGAGCUCCAGGAAUCUCUUCUCCGGGAGGCACGGUAUCAAACCGUCCUGAGUGAAAUAGAGGAAUUCAGUAAGAAAUACGGCCAGGAGGAAGCCUCUACUAGUUAGACUGUAAGUCAUUUUAUUUAACUUACUGUAGACUAUAGAUUAUGUAGUUAAUUAAAACACUGUUAAACCAAAACAACAAAUAUUUAUUUUGUACCAAAUGAACAAUCACAUUUUCAUUUCAACCAAUAAAUAAUCACAUUUCUAUGUUAUGACAGAGAUUCAAAAUAUGUAUUUCACUAAAUACUAAAAUAUUUUCUUACAAAUAGACAUAUGACUGCAAUACAUAGAAUAACAUAAUAUUUUUUUCUGUUUAAAAUAUUUUCAAAGUGUUAAUAAUUAUUUCACGCCACAGUUACCUAUUAGUAUUAGUUGCCAAGGAAACAAGUGAUAUGUGCAGUUUCAGAUGUGAUGCAACUAUACUUACAAUUUAUUGGAAUGUGAAAUAAUCAUUUACAUGAAAUUUACUCUAUAAAAUAUUCACCAAAUCCAAUUCACUCUACAAGCUGGUUUUCGAAACAUUAUUUAAACAAAAACUUUUUGCAAGAAAAUUUAAUCUUAGUUCAAGCAAUAAUACAAAUACACCAGGACGGAAACGCCGACCAAUCUCUCAGAAUUAUGUAAACUUAAUGUACUUAUAAUAUUUAUAAAUAUAAUAUAAUUACUGAAGACUAGAAUAAACUUAACAUACAACAUAAAGUGUUUGCAUAUAUGUAUACGUAUAUUUAACAUAGCUAGAACGAAUAUGGGUCUGUUCCAAUUUGUUGAAAAGCUAACUAUCUUAUAUUUACAUUUAUAUUAUUAUUUACCACCCUCAAAACCUAAUCUGUAAUUCACAAUCAUUGUUGCCACUGAAAGUAAUUAUUACAUAAAUAAUUUAAAAUAAUUUGCUAACUCUGGUGACAUCUAGAAGUGACAUUUUUAAUCAAAAGGGUACUUAUUGUUGAUUGUCAAUAAGGUUACUAUUUCCAUAAAGCUUCAUUUUGAAAUGAACUAUAUCAUCAACCAAAAAUGUAGUACCUUUUAAUUGAAGAUGUCACACAUAUUCUUUUAUUUACUAGCCAUGUUCCUUGUGGCACAUUGGGAGCACGAAAGUAGCUAGAUUCUUUAUAAGACAUCGAAUUAACACUAUGAAUAAACACAUUAUCACUAAGUAUAUCUGAUAUGUGGGAAUGACAUGUAACAGUGGCUACUACUAGUUCUAAAAAUAAUCACCACCUCGAAUCACUUAAAGAAAAAUAUAAUAGAUUUACCAAAUUAUAUUCUAUGUAUUCAAUUAUGUUGAAAGACUUGUAAUGACAUUUUUAUUGGAUGAGGAUGUUAUAAUUUAUAGUAAAUUUAUUGUAAAAACUUGUAAAUACUCCAAUAAAUUCGUAUAAUUUCAUAAAGAAAAAAAUGCCCUUAAUGCCGAUCUUUGUAAAUAAAAUUCAUGAUGACAUUAAUCAACACGACAAUUUAAAGCCAUCAUAACUAUCAUAUCUUGCCUUAGCGGCCUUACAUUAAGCGAGACUUCACACAUACUGGCGAGCCGCGGCAAAAUGAGGCAUGCUGGAGUAAUCACAUCCUUUUUUUAAAUAUAUAAAAUACAAAGAGCUUUGGACAUUUAAAUUUAGGGCAAUUCCAGUCGAGGAU